AUGGCCGCACGCACGUUUCCCCUGAGCCGUCUCAUCUUCUCCGGCCUCCGAUGCUCCACCCCUCUCCGCCCGGCGGCUCCGCCCGCGAGCUUCCGUACUUUCUCCAGUACGUGUGGCCGGACUCCGUCGGAAUUCUCAUCUUCCGGCGAGGACCCAAACUUUUCCGAUGACAGAGUUGAAUGGAAAACUACUGCGGAAUGCUUCCAUCUCCAGCUGAAUGUAGAGCCAAUGUCCAAAGACCAAGUUGGUGUCAAGAUGAAGGGAUCGGAACUCAUUGCCCAAGGCAAAAUGGAGAAUAAUUUCCCAGGAGGCAGCAUUGCGGUAAUCAUGAGGUACACGGUCGAGCUGCCUAUGGAUGUCAUCAAGCCCGACGAGAUCACGGCCAAAGUGAAUGGCAGCAUUCUGAAUGUGUUCAUUCCCAAGAAGAAAGUCGAUGGUGGGGAGUCGGAGGGUACCUCUUGA